AUGAACCAUCGUCGUGUGGGGUCACCAUACAAACCUAUUCCAGCUUUUCUUAAUCAUCAGUGUUUGCAAGAAAAAUUUAUGGCAUUGGAAGUUACCCAAAUUCUGUUGAAUGCACAAGCUGUUGAUGGAUCUGUUCGGAAGCAUGCUGAAGAGAGUUUAAAGCAAUUUCAGGAGCAAAAUCUACCUGGAUUUCUGUUAUCUCUCUCUGGAGAACUUGCUCAUGAUGAGAAGCCUGUUGAUAGUCGUAAACUAGCUGGUUUGAUUCUGAAGAAUGCUUUAGAUGCAAAAGAGCAACAUAGAAAGUAUGAACUCAUCCAAAGAUGGUUAUCACUUGAUGUGGGUGUUAAAUCACAAAUCAAGACAUACCUAUUACAGACACUCACCUCUCCUGUUCAUGAGGCAAGAUCAACCGCAUCACAAGUUAUAGCUAAAGUUGCUGGAAUAGAGCUUCCACAAAAACAAUGGCCUGAGCUCAUUGGCUCCCUUCUAUCAAACAUUCACCAAGUCCCUGUUCAUGUCAAGCAAGCCACUUUAGAAACUCUUGGGUAUUUGUGUGAAGAAGUUUCUCCAGAUGUUGUAGAACAAGAUCAUGUGAAUAAAAUCCUGACAGCUGUUGUUCAAGGCAUGAAUGCAAGUGAAGCUAGUAAUGAUGUCAGACUUGCUGCAACUAGAGCACUUUACAAUGCUCUUGGUUUUGCUCAAGCAAAUUUCACCAAUGAAAUGGAACGUGAUUAUAUUAUGAGAGUUGUUUGUGAAGCAACUUUAUCUCCAGAAGUAAAGAUUCGCCAAGCAGCUUUUGAGUGUUUGGUUUCCAUCUCAUCUAGCUACUAUGAGAAACUAGCUCCUUACAUUCAAGAUAUCUUCAACAUCACUGCUAAAGCUGUUAAAGAAGACGAAGAGCCAGUGGCUUUACAAGCAAUUGAAUUCUGGAGUUCAAUUUGUGAUGAAGAGAUUGAUAUUUUGGAAGAAUAUGGAGGCGACUUCACUACUGCUGACUCAGACAUUCCUUGUUUUUACUUCAUAAAACAGGCUCUCCCUGCACUUGUUCCCAUGUUGCUAGAGACUUUGUUGAAGCAAGAAGAAGAUCAAGAUCAAGAUGAAGGUGCUUGGAAUCUUGCAAUGGCAGGAGGAACCUGUCUUGGUUUAGUUGCAAGAACAGUAGGGAAUGAUAUUGUUCCACUUGUGAUGCCUUUCAUUGAAGAAAACAUAACAAAACCAGAUUGGAGACAAAGGGAAGGAGCUACUUAUGCUUUUGGAUCCAUCUUGGAAGGUCCUUCACCCAAUCAGUUGACUCCUUUAGUCAAUGUUGCUCUAAAUUUCAUGCUCACAGCUUUGACCAAAGACCCCAGCAACCAUGUAAAAGACACCACAGCUUGGACACUCGGAAGAAUAUUUGAAUUUCUUCAUGGAUCCACCAUGGAUACACCCAUCAUCACCCCUUCAAAUUGCCAACAGAUCAUCACUGUUCUUCUCCAAAGCAUGAAGGAUGCUCCAAAUGUAGCUGAAAAAGCUUGUGGGGCCCUGUACUUUCUGGCACAGGGUUUUGAAGACGUGGGUCCCUCGUCUCCAUUGACUCCAUUUUUCCAGGAAAUUGUUCAGUCUCUUUUGACUGUGACUCACAGAGAAGAUGCUAACGAGUCUAGAUUGAGAACUGCUGCUUAUGAAACAUUAAAUGAAGUUGUGAGAUGCUCUACUGAUGAAACGAUUCCCAUGGUGUUACAGUUAGUCCCUGUCAUCAUGAUGGAGCUCCACCAGACUUUAGAAGAACAGAAGCUCUCCUCUGAUGAAAGAGAGAAACAGAAUGAGUUGCAGGGUCUUCUGUGUGGGUGUUUGCAGGUGAUCAUUCAAAAACUCGGAGCAUCAGAUGCAACAAGAUACCCCUUCAUGCAAUACACAGAUCAAAUCAUGAAUCUUUUUCUUAGGGUUUUCGCAUCCCGGAGUGCCACUGUUCAUGAAGAAGCAAUGCUUGCAAUUGGAGCUCUAGCAUACGCAACGGGUCCUGAUUUUGCAAAAUUCAUGCCGGAUUUUUAUAAAUAUUUAGAAAUGGGACUUCAGAAUUUUGAAGAGUAUCAGGUCUGUGCUGUGACUGUAGGUGUGGUGGGUGAUAUUUGUAGGGCUUUGGAGGAAAAGGUGUUGCCUUGGUGUGAUGGGAUUAUGACUCAGCUUCUUAAAGAUUUGUCAAGCAACCAAUUGCAUCGAUCCGUGAAGCCUCCGAUUUUUUCUUGUUUUGGUGAUAUUUCGCUUGCGAUUGGAGAGAAUUUUGAGAAGUAUUUGAUGUAUGCCAUGCCUAUGCUCCAGAGUGCUGCUGAGUUGUCUUCACAUACUUCAGGUGCUGAUGAUGAGAUGAUUGAGUACACAAACCUCUUGAGAAAUGGGAUUUUGGAGGCGUAUUCAGGGAUUUUUCAGGGGUUUAAAAACUCUCCCAAAACUCAGCUGCUGAUUCCUUAUGCGCCUCAUAUCCUUCAGUUUCUUGAUCUGAUGUACAUGGAGAAAGACAUGGAUGAAGUUGUGAUGAAAACAGCAAUCGGUGUUCUUGGAGAUUUAGCAGAUACUCUUGGAAGCAAUGCGGGUUCAUUGAUUCAACAAUCUCUUUCAAGCAAAGAUUUUCUGAAUGAAUGUUUGUCAUCAGAUGAUCAUAUGAUUAAGGAAUCUGCUGAAUGGGCCAAGCUCGCAAUCUCUCGUGCAAUUUCCGUUUAAGUCCCUCUGCCUGGCAGUACAUAAUAUUAUUUUUUGCUUUUCAUGCAUAUGGUCGGGUCGGGUCGGGUCAUAUCACACCAUUCAUGUCAAGCUGACAAGGGCGAAAUAGUAAUAUCAAGCUAAGGGCUGAUUCUUUUUCAAAUUCACAUCGUGUAUCUCGAUUCAAUCCUCAGAAAGAGUACAUGAAUGAAUGAAUUAGCCCGUGUCAUGUGUCGUCUUGGUGGGGUCCACAGUGGUUUUGGUUGUCUGGGGGAGAGGGGGGGGGGGGGGGGGGUAUAUUACCUUUUACAUUUGCAUCACAUCAUACAUUUUUUCUUUCCUUUUAUUAUUUCGUUAUAUUUUUUUUUAUCUUCUCAUUUUGAGUCUGGGUCACAUCACAUGUGCAUUAUUUAAAGCCAGGUAGGGGGUUGGCCGCAUUACAUUUAGGAAGCUAGUUUUUUUGUUUUUUUUUUUGUCAGUCGUCGGUAGGUGUUUUUGAAUUUAUUUGAAAAUACAAUGCAUUCAUGAAAUCAUGUUUGUUUUUUUUUUUUCUGGUCUAAAAACUCGAAGCAUAUAGUUUUCUUUGUCAAAAAUCAUGUGUAAAUCCUGUUUUGGUUCCCGAUUUGUAGAGAGAGAGAGAGAGAGAAAAUGGCAUUUUAUACAGAGAAUGUCACUGCUUGUGAUGAAAGAGAGUUCGUGGGAAUAGAUUUCUUUCAAACUGUUGGUAAGGAGAGAGAUUGAUUGCUUUUUGUAAUUUUGGUUCGGGUUUUAUUUGGAAUCAAAUAUUUGUACUGCUUUUUUGUUUGUUUUCAUGUAUAAACCUUUUCAAGUGUCGACCCU